AUGGAUUCAACCGCAAUUACACAACAACAACAGCAACAAAAGAAACUACAGCCUAGCCGUAAAGGUAAAAAGGCUUGGCGUAAGAAUAUUGAUAUAACAGAUGUUGAAGAGGGGCAGGAAGAAUUACGAGCCGUUGAAAGAGUCAUUGGUGGGGAUGCUGAAGCACUGAAAGACGAUGAAUUAUUUACUAUCGAUACAGAAGGUGAUAAUAAAGUAAAAAGACAAUUAGCAAAGGAGAAGCCUCUUCGUGUCGAUGAGAUUUUACAACAACGAUCUGCAGUACCUGCUGUGCAAACCAAAAAGAAUCCCUUCAAAAAACCAGAAAUGUCAGAUAAAAUUGCUUCGAAGCAUGAAUAUAAUACUCUAAAGCGCAAAUUGGAAAGCAAUGCGUCUAUUACGAAUAAAAAGAAGAAGAACGAGAAGAAAAACGCUAGUACAAAUAAAUCUUACGACCUGUGGGGCGAUGACUCCAUGGAAGAGGAUUCACAACCAGCCAACGAUUUCACACCAGCUCCCAAAAAGCCUAAAGCUCCCAAGACAUUUUCUGAAAAACCCACGGCUUUACAUCAUAUUCCAGCCGUUGAUACACCAGCAGGUGGACAGUCGUAUAACCCUACUAUGGAAGACCAUCAACAACUUAUCAUUAAAGCUUCAGAAGUUGAACAACGCAAAGUGGAUCUUCUCAAGCAACUGCAGGAACAGCUUUCUUAUCGUGAAGAGCUGAAACAAUUAAAAGAUGAACUGGCAGUGAAGGACAGUCUAGAAGACGAUGAGGAUCUCGAAGAUAAACCGGAAGAUGAUGAACAGAUCAAGAAGCAGAAAGCAGCUAAACGUAAAACUCGACAAGAGCGACAAAAGUCACAUCGUCUUGCUACUGCCGAAUUAGAAAAGAAACAGAAGAAACAAGAAAAGCUUAUUCGUCAACAAAUUGAUCAAUUGAGAGCAAUUGAGAAAGAGCUGGUUGAACGUAUGGAGGAAUUGGAUAAACUAGCAGAAGAAAGAGGCAUCAAGAGGGAAGAAGAGGAUAAGAAGGGCAAAAAGAGACUAGGCAAGUACUUUGUUCCAGAAUUACCAGUGGAUGUACAGUUAACAGACGAACUUUGUGAGACACUUCGUCAAUUAAAGGUAAGUUUUUGA